GGGAUCGCGACGGAACAUGCCACUCUCCCGUGGGGCGCUUGGGCGACAACGUUGCUCAAGUUAGCGCUCGUCUGCCCCCUGGACAAGGUGUAUCGUCUGCACGGGACCGCCAUGCCGAUGGUUGCGGUCAAUAUGUUGCGGCAGCGUGUAGGAGGUAGAGAUCUUGUGUAUCUUGGACUGGUGCAGGCUACCCGGGACUUGCAGAGGGUUUUGGAGGAGUACGAUUUGACGAUACACUCUGGUAAGACGCGUGUGCUUUCGAACGGCCGGGAUGCGAGGUCGGUCAUUGCGGCGAGCUGUUCGGACGGACUGGCGCGCAGGCGGUCAGGCAUGAGCGUCACUUCGGAGUUGACUGCAUUGAUGGUCGUCGCAUUGACAGGAAGGACUGCAGGCAAGAGUCGGGCCCUCACGCUCAUGUGUCACGGCAAGGUUGAUCCGCUGUAUCGGGCCACGCUUUUGCCCUUCGUGAUGUUCGUGAGG